AUGUCUGUCCAUAAAAUGAAUCCACGUAACAUUUUGGCUCUUCUACAUUUGAUUAUCACCAUUGAUUUGAUUCCAGUAUGUUUGUGUGCACAGGGGAAAUAUGCAUUUAAGCUGCUGAAUGAUUUAUUUAAGAAUUACACCAAUGCAUUGAGACCCGUGGAGGAUACGGACAACAUCAUUAACGUUACCUUGCAGAUCACUCUCUCCCAGAUCAUUGAUAUGACACAACAUAAUCAAAUAUUCACGACAUACCUGUGGAUUCGUCAGGUGUGGUUUGAUGCCUACCUCACCUGGAAUAAGACAGACUACGAUGGGCUUGAUACCAUCCGUAUACCUAGUAGUUAUGUAUGGAGACCUGAUAUUGUCCUAUAUAACAAUGCAGAUGAUCAGUUCUCCAGCUCCAUGGAGACCAAUGUGGUGAUCCGCCAUGAUGGACAGAUUUUGUGGGACCAGCCAGCAAUAACCAAGAGCUCCUGCAAAGUUGAUGUGUCUUUUUUCCCCUUUGAUGCACAGCAGUGCCGCUUCACCUUUGGUUCUUGGACACACAACGGCAACCAAAUGGACCUUCAUAAUGCUCUGGACAGUGCUGAUCUGGCCGACUUUGUGGAGAACGUAGAGUGGGAGGUUUUGGGAAUGCCAGCAAAGAAAAACGUUAUUCUUUAUGGCUGCUGCUCAGACCCCUAUCCAGAUAUCACCUACACGCUUCACCUGAAGAGAAGAGCUACCUUUUAUAUCUUCAAUCUACUCAUACCCUGCAUGAUGAUCUCCUUCUUGGCUCCUCUGGGCUUCUACCUGCCAGCUGACUCUGGAGAGAAAGUGUCUUUAGGGGUCACAGUGUUACUGGCCCUUACUGUCUUUCAGCUAUUGGUCGCCGAAAGCAUGCCUCCUUCAGAGAACGUGCCACUCAUCGGGAAAUAUUACAUUGCCACAAUGACCAUGAUCACAGCUUCAACUGCCUUAACCAUCUUCAUUAUAAACAUCCACCAUUGCGGGCCAGAGGCCCAACCUGUUCCCGCCUGGGCACGGCGCUUUAUCCUGCACUACCUGGCUUGGAUUUGCUUUGUUUAUGACAUGGGGGAGGGCUGCCUGUCGACUCAUCCAGACAAACCUGCUCAGAAGGGAAACAACUGCACUAUUAAUGGCCGGGCCAGAGAAGAAGACUUUGCUCUGAGGGUACAAGGUGUUUCAGCCAAUGAUGUGUGUCCACAUAAGUCAAAAGACAAAUUGAAUGAAGAUGUCAGUCCAACGUUAUCUCUCGGGCCAGGAAAGGAGUGCCCCAGUGGCUGGACAGAAGGUAUCACUGUGGGCAUGGACCAUGGAGAGAUUGCAGGAGCUAAAGGGGAGGAUGGAGUGGGUGGAAAAGAACCAGUGAAGAAGAAAGAAAUACUUCUUGAAGGUCAGUGUAUCUGCCAUCACCAAACACUCCUGAGGAAUAUUGAGUACAUCGCUAACUGUUAUUACGACCAGAAGGCCACACAAAGACGGAGUGGGGAGUGGCGGAAAGUUGCCAAAAUCAUGGAUCGCUUCUUUAUGUGGAUAUUCUUUAUUAUGGUCUUUCUCAUGAGUUUGCUGAUUAUAGGGAAAGCAGUUUGA